UCUACCGCUCUCCUGUGGCAUCUACUGCCUUCUCCUCAUCUAGCGACGAGAGGCUUACAAUCUUCAGAACCAUGGACAAACGGCGAACAAUUGGCUCAACUGAUGUGAAUGAUCGCGCGACGUUCAUUUGGAUGUGGGAGAACGGUAGUAACGCGCGGGCAAUUGCUCGAGACACAGGAAGCAGUGUGACGACAGUCAGGAGAUGGAUCAAUAGGUGGAAGAAAGAAGGAAAUGUAAAUACAAAGCCUCGUAGUGGUAGACCUCGAAGAAAACCUGUAAUAUACGGUACAGAAACAGAGAGAUUUCCUUCAGCCGAACAAAUGUUAUAUUUCAGACACUUUCCCAGACAAGCAAACUUUCCACUGGCUUAUUAUUCUCUCCCUCCAUCAUUUACAAUUUAUUCAAAAAAUUCUGAUGCUGUGUUAAACAUUAACUCAACAUUUCAGCAAUAUUUUUUAGAUUAUUUAUUCACAAGAAAUUAUGCAGAUAGUCACAGACUAACAGUGUUUCCUUAGAUAUAUUUGAAGGCACAAGCCAAGGUUUUUCUUGCUUGUAUGUAAUUCCCACUGUGGAUGACGUUAUUUAUGGCACGAAAAUAAUUUUUUGUUAUAAAUGAACAAGUUAUGUAAAAAUUUUCUUCUUACUGCUAUAUGUAAGAAGAAUUUUUUUAAGAAGCAAAACAUGAAGAAAACGUUAAUUAUAAUAAUGUUGUGAGCAGACAAGUACUUAAAAGAAAUUCAUGCAGAAAAAAAGUGUCAUUAAUACGAGAAAGUUUCUUCUGCAUGAACAAAAAAUUAUGAAAAGUUUCUUAUAACAAUUAAUUUUUUCUGUGUGUCUUUUUA